UAUGCCCUCUUUUGCUGAUCGCACAAGGAAAUCUCACUAUACCAGUCUGCCUUUAGCGCAAAUUCCAAAUCCCAAUCAGCAUCGAAGAACGCCCCAAUAAUGUCGGAUAAACAAGGCUGGAAGGCCUCAAUGUACAUAGCACGACAGCUAACCCCGCAGAAUGGAGGGUCCACAAAAGGUCCAUCCACAGCAGCGUGAGCUGAAAGCUCCGUGGCCAUAUCGAAUCGGCUUCUGUUCUUCGCUAUGUUCGGACUAUACCUCCUAACGGGGUUUGCGCUCGCUGCAGUGGCUUCUCAAUUGACUGCAAACCAGACUUACGACUAUAUAAUCGUAGGAGGCGGUCUCACUGGGUUAGUCGUGGCGAAUCGACUCUCCGAAGAUGGCACAAAAUCCGUCCUCGUCAUCGAGAAUGGACAUGUCGAUGACAGUCCACUGCCCAGGAUACCAUACUUAGCAGCCACAAUCAAUACCGCUUCAAUGUAUCCCUCGUUGAUCAGCGCGCCAAUUGCGCAGCUCGCGAAUCGCACUUGGCCAGUCAGAGUCGGUAACGUAGUAGGCGGCGGCUCAGUCGUCAAUGGCAUGAUGUUUGAUCGCGGAUCAAAUGCCGACUACGAUGCGUGGGAGGAUCUCGGAAACGUAGGCUGGGGCUGGAAGGGGCUCGCGCCUUACUUCAAGAAAGCGUUCACCUUCACUCCCCCUUCUGAAACCACGAUCAAAGAGAUCGGAAUUACGUAUGACGAGAGCACGUAUGGGGAUGGUCCGGUCCAGGUGUCGAUUCCAAGCUAUCAGUAUCCGGACUACAAGUGGAUGUUCGGUUCUUGGAGAAACGAGAGCGUGCCGAUGCCGAAGGAAGGCUUCGCAAAUCCAAUUGGUGCUUUUUGGGCGCCUAAUACGAUCGACAACUCGACGGCGGAAAGGUGCCAUGCAAAGAAAGCGUACUAUGAUCCGGCCCAGUCUCGCCCAAAUCUGAAGCUCGUCACGGGGACCCACGUUGACGAGAUCCUCUUCAGCACCAGAAAUGGUACUGUCACAGCAACAGGUGUGAGGAUGACUUCACGGAGCGAUCCAACAGCUUCCGAAGCUUUCGCCUCAAGGGAGGUAAUCCUCGCAGCUGGUGCCAUUUUCACACCACACCUCCUAAUGAUCUCCGGUAUCGGACCCGCAGACGUUUUAAGCUCCGCAAACAUCACCCUGAAGGCCUCGAAUCCAGGCGUAGGCUCCAACUUCCAAGACCACACAACCGCAUAUAUGAACUACAACAUAUCCAAUCUCGCAUUCCCCAACUACAACACCCUCGCCACAAACGCCUCCUUCAACGCCUCGGCCGCCGCCCAAUACGAAAAAGACCGAUCCGGCCCGUGGAGCGGAAGCCGCGGAAACGCCCUCGCGAUGCUCACGCUGCGGAACUUCUCUACCAAGUAUCAAGACCUCGCCCUCGAGACCGAGUCGCAGGAGCCAGUAGACUUCCUCCCGGAGCGGUACGCCCAGAAUGCCGCGCUGUACGCCGGCUUCAUCCGUCAACGCGACAUCCUGCUGAACCAGUACCGGGGCCUCCCGGGAUAUGACGCAGCGGUUGGAGAGAUGCCGAUCCAGCCCAACAAUCGAGCAACGGCGGUGCAUCAAAAGCCACUCUCACGGGGAACUAUCACCCUCAAUACUACGCAUCCGCAUGCGUACCCCAUCGUGCAGUACAAUUCGCUCCAGAAUCCGGUUGAUAAGGCGAUACUCUGCGAACUUAUCCGCUGGAACCGCAAGCACUGGGCUUCUCCUGCGCUGUCGCGCUACCAGCCGAUUGAAAACGCGCCGGGGGCUGAAUACGUCGAGGACGAUGAGAUCAUCGCCGCGCUGUUGAGGAAGAACGCUAUUGAUCCGAGCUUCUCGCAUCCUAGUGGCAGCUGCGCUAUGAUGCCGAAGGUGUUGGGAGGGUGUGUGAGUGAUCAGUUGCUGGUGUAUGGUGUGGAGAAGUUGAGCGUGGUAGAUGCGAGUAUCAUUCCGAUGAUACCCGCGGCGCAUUUGCAAGCUACUAUGUACGCAGUGGCGGAGAAGGCGGCGGAUAUUAUCAAGGCUAGGUCAUGAGUGUGAUAGCUGAUGUGUUUCAAGGCCUCUCGCAAAGAUAAUCUGGCUAGACAUGAAUGCUAUCGUAGGUUGCUCACACGGUUGCGCGGAAAAGGUAGGCAUUUUGAGGAUGCGUGAUCGUGGGAAACCUGAACUGGGUUAGACGAUUACGAGCGUCUUUGUCUCUUAUC